AUGGCGCCUGUCGUGUCGAUGGGCCCUCGGAUGGGUCCUCCAAUGGGCCCUCCAGUGGGUCCUCCAGUGGGCCCUCCUAUGGGCCCUCCUGUGGGCCCUCCAGUGGGCCCUCCAGUGGGUCCUCCUAUGGGCCCUCCAAUGGGCCCUCCAAUGGGCCCUCCAAUGGGCCCUCCAGUGGGCCCUCCAGUGGGCCCUCCAGUGGGCCCUCCAGUGGGCCCUCUAGUGGGCCCUCCAGUGGACCCUCCCGUGGACCCUCCCGUGGGCCCUCCCGUGGGCCCUCCGUCAGCGCCGCUUCCACUCCCUGUGUGGCGAAUCGCGCCGAGCCCAGGAGGCAUCUUGGAGCCCACUAGGUACUACUUCGCCACACCCGGCUACGACGAGCGCAGACGUAAACGCCGGCGCAUCAGCCUGCUCAUCCUGCUGUCGCUAGUGCUCAUGUGCGGCACCCUCGGCUGCGCCACGGGCGUCCUGGUAACGGUCGUCAGAGCCCGCCGAGGUCAACGCGAAAUGGCCGACGGGGAGACCGCCAUGCGCCGACUGACGGAGCCCGCGCUUCGCCUCGACCGAAGCUGGGCCAUGGCAGGAGGUCUGGUUGGUUUUCCUUCGAUCCCCGACCCGAACGCGAGCGCUCGUGCCGAAGUUAACAAUGGCACGCUCGGCAACAAGCACGGGACAGGUGAUGUGCCUGUCAAACUAGGCCAAGUCACGGAGGCCGUGCUGCAGGAUAAUGAAGUGAAGAAAGGCGAUGACGCCACCAACGCAGCGCUACAGGAUGGUGCCACGCGCUCCGCAGCUGCAGGCACGAGGAGGCUGCGACGUAAAAGGGGGCGUAAGCGGGGCAAGAGUGCGCACCGACGGUCGGCGUGA